CUAGAAGUGCCCAACUCGGAGUUUUUUUUAAAGGCGGCUCGUGAGGCGACCCGGAAGCGGAACUGGAAGAAAGUUCUAGUGGGUUGAGGUAUCGCUGGGAGCAGCCGGGUGGCGGGAGGAGCCGUUACAGAAGCCGGUGCUGCUGGUUCAGCUGAUCAAGAUGACAACCUCCCAAAAGCACCGAGACUUCGUGGCAGAGCCCAUGGGGGAAAAGCCAGUGGGGAGCCUGGCCGGGAUUGGUGAAGUCUUGGGCAAGAAGCUGGAGGAAAGGGGCUUUGACAAGGCCUAUGUGGUCCUUGGCCAGUUUCUGGUGCUAAAGAAAGAUGAAGAUCUCUUCCGGGAAUGGCUGAAGGACACAUGUGGUGCCAAUGCCAAGCAGUCCCGGGACUGCUUUGGGUGCCUUCGAGAGUGGUGCGACGCCUUUUUGUGAGGCUCUCUUGGGGAGCCCCCAGCCCCUAGCCCCAGCAUCGAGUCUCCAGAGUUUGCAGCUGCGUGGGGACUCCUCCCUUGUCCUCUACAAAUGAAGAGAUUGCGGUUGUACUCACUUUUGAUGUACUUCAAGGUCUUUUGGGAGUUCUCUCCCCCACCGUUUCAACUUUUUUGCAUGCAUCUCCCUUCUCCUUCCCCUGCUAGUUUCAUGUCAACAAUUAUCGGCUUUUCCGAGUGGAUUCUUGGUCCUUCACUCACCCCCACCGGUCUGUUUUAUGCUAUUUGGCUCCUUUUUUGGCAGAAUAGUCACUGUCCUUGUAAAGUUUUUUAAAUCAAUAAAGUCAGUGGCCUUCA